CUGGAACUGAGAGAGCCGCAGCAGAAGAGGCUAAAAACCCUAUUUCACUAGCGUCGUCUUUUUAAAGGAGCGGCUUUGCCCCGCAUCUCGAAUCCCCGUUCCCUUUCCCUGCAACUUGUUGGCGCAUCCGAGGAAAGAUACCGAGAGCAUCAAGUAAGAUAUUGUUUAUAUUCGCCGACUUCUACAUGCCACCAGCACGGAGGAAAUAGCUAACUGUACACGCAUCCAUGGAGGACUAUUUAACUCGACCUAACAACUCUAAGCGCAAUCUAGCCAUCAUUCCCUUAUCGUGCCUGUCUUGCUUGCCUUGAUAUUUCAAUCCUUGUCCGCUCAUUCUCGUCACUCAUCCCUCCAAUCCACCCAAUCCCGCCAUUCAUUGAUGGUAGCAUUCGCAUGGAUAUCCAAUCCUCAGCUAAAUAUACUCACAUUUUAAACCUAUUUAAACCCCCCUCCAAUCCCUCCCCCACGACAAUCAGGUUAUGCUCUCAGCUCUCCGUGGCCAGGCGUCCUCGUCGUCUUCGUCCGCCUCUCCCUCCCCAUCUCCCAUCUCCCCCUCAGCAUCUAUGUCUCCCUCCAAUCCUUCCCUCUCCCCUUCCGACCACUCCAACUUCACAGUCGUCCAGACACCAGCCACGGGAGCCCGGAACCAAGGCCCUGCCUCCGUGUCUAUGACAUCGUCCGCAUCGCCUCAGCCAAACUCCCGCCUAACCUCACGGACUACAGACAAAGAAAAACCACGCCUUACAGAGCAGGAAAAGAAGAAUAACCACAUCGCGUCUGAGCAGAAGCGGCGCGCCGCCAUUCGUGAAGGGUUCGAUAGGCUGACUGAACUUGUUCCGGGGCUCGAGGGCCAGGGCCGCAGUGAGGGCGUGGUCCUGCGCAAGACUGUGGACUUCAUGCAGAUGAAGUUGCAGGAGCGGAAAGAGCUGGUGGAGGAAAUUGAGAAGAGAGGCGGUUCUCCUGAAGAUGCUCUGCGACGAUAGAAUAUCGGAACGAACAGGAUCGAACGCUUUGAUACCUGCUCUCCAUACUACCUACGUGUUUUUU